AUGGCUACUACUAAUGAUGAAGAUAUCGAAGAAUAUUCAACACCAACAUAUGAAAACGAAAAAUUAGAAAUACUCAUUCGAAAAAUGCGUUUAUGCAAAUCAGCCACAUUUUAUGUAAAUACAAUAUCUAACGAUGAUAUAAAAUUAAUUGCAGAUGAAUUGAGAACGAAUCGAAUUUGGAAUUCUCUCCGAAUAAUUGGUCAAAAUUUGGUUGAUGAAGAUGGUGUUCAAUAUUUAUUCGAAGCAUUAGCAACUAAUACAGCAGUUAAAGCUCUUCAUCUAGGCGGUGAUUCACUAGGAGAUAGAAGAGUUACACUUUUUAUGAAUUCACUUGUAUCUAAUACUACCAUAACUGAUCUAAACUUGACAGACAAUCAAAUAACAGAAAUUGGUGCUCAAGCAAUCAGUGAAAUGCUUCGAGCCAAUUCAACAGUCAUCAAUUUAAUGUUACACGGUAAUCCAGUAUUGGAUACUGGUAUAACAUUAAUUGCUCAUGCUCUUCAACAUAAUCGAACUUUGACAACAUUGAAGAUUGGCAGAACUUGUAUGACAGAUGUCGGUGCAGAAGAAUUAGCUUCGAUGAUUCGAUCAAAUACAACAUUGAAGAUGCUCUCCCUCGAUUACAAUCAAAUUGGUGAUAAAGGAAUGGAAGCUAUCUGUAUAGCUUUGAAAGAGAAUCAAGUAUUACAAUGUAUUGAUAUUCGACAGAAUCAAAUUUCAGAUAAAAGUAUCGACAACAUAGUUGCUAUGAUACAGAACAAUCGAUCAUUGAAUAGAUUGGAUCUAGCACGCAAUCAACUUAGUGAUCAAGGAAAAGAAGCAAUACGGCAAGUAAACGCGAACCAUAAUACUAUCAAAACCCUUAUACUAUGA